AUGGUCCUGUUUGACUUAUGUCAUGUGAUCAGUCGACAGAAAAUUGUAAGCAAGAUGUCGUUUUGGAAGUCUUGUGUGUUAGUUGCGAUUUGUCUAAAUUAUUGUAAUGCAGAGUAUCUUCCAGUUCUGUUUUGGAGCUCAGGUAUUGGGAAAAGUGAUUAUCAUGGUAGUUCUGCUUUUGAGAAAGUAAGUUCUGAUAACUUAUACGAUUACAUCAAGAAGACGACAUCCAACAAGAAACCAUUGAUUCUUGUUUUCACAGAAGAAAGUCUGAGUUUGGAGGAUUUUAGCUGGCGUGAUUUUGAAAGUAAAACUGCUUUUCCGUGUCUCGAGAAUGUGACGAGCUCGGCAGAACUUGUUAAGUUCUUCCCGUCUGUCCACGCCCCUUUGAGAGCCAUCAAGAACUUGCGCAAUGACGGGUACGAGUUCAGAAGUAUUCAUUUGCAGGACGAGAGCAUUGAAAAAACGAAUGUUCCAACGGAAGCAAGUGUCGUCAUUGUUAAACUAGACGAUGCCAAGGUUAACGAAGACAGGCCGGAUCUCCUGAGAAGACACGAUGAAACAAUAUGCGAUGCCUACUCGUACUUUGUCGAGAAGGGCGUGUCGCCUCUUGUUAUGUACACGGGCCAUCACUCGUCGUGGGUGGAGCCUGAAGUGUCGCCCUCUGUUCGUAGAGUGCGUCGUUUGCUCGUGGAUGCAGACGACAACACCACAACGAGCAAACUGUGGGUUUCAAAUGACACCAAGUUGAUGCUGUACACGUCCGAGGCCCCGUACAUAGAGCGGUAUGGAGAGGUUGUAAUGAGCCUUUCGUCCUCGCCUGAAAGGGUUAUUUCGGACGACCGACCAGACGAACAGAAACUGAUCGUCACUUUCACUGGCGGCAUCACGCUGCGUUUAAAGUUCCCAGUUGUGGGUGGUUAUUGGAGCUUGAAGACUGUGGUGUUCCUGAACAAGAGCGACACAGAUGCCAGCGAUGUCAAUCUCAACACGACCACAGACAUAGUAGCGCCCUACAACUUCUCCUACCAUUGCAACAAGGACAUCGUGUUCACGAAUGGAAACAUAUCGAUAGUGUUCAAAGAUCUGCAGGUUCAGCCGUUCCUGCAGAAACGUGAGUUUGGCGAUGCGUACGACUGCGUGUGGUUCUUCACCGGUGCCAUCUGGUCUGGUCUGUUCGUGACUGCGUUGUUCGCUCUCAUCAUGAUGUGGGGGUUGUCCAUGAUCAUGAACAUCAAAACUAUGGAUCAGUUUGAUGAUCCGAAAGGAAAAACUAUUACUGUAACAGCUACAGACUAGGAACAGUUCCGUUGUAUGCCUAGUGUGUUGUAGUGGGUGAAGGAUACUUAUUUAAAAAUUUUCUGAAGCCAUAUUGUUGUAAUAUAUAUAUGAUGUGAUGCUAAUUUUCCAUCAGCAGUAUCAGAUAACACUAAUAUUGUUCCAUAUUGUAUGUAACUGAAGAAUAAUGUUUUCUUCAGGACUGAGUUAUGGUUUGGUGUUUAUUUGUUGAUUAACCUUCGACAAAUCACCUUAGUUUUGUUACAUAUCUGUGCACUUGGGGCCUUUUGAGACCCCAACUUAAAAUGUGGGUAAAUGUAUAUAAGUUGCACAUAUCUUGUAAUGUUACAAAUUGCCAUGUAUUUAUUAUCUAUUUUAAUGUUACACUACCCAGUGUUCUAAUUACACGUUACAACAACAUUUUAGGGCACAUGGGGUCUUUUAGGACCCCAAUAAUAUUUGAGAUUUUAUAUAUGUAAUACGCCAUGUAGUGAUUUACAUAUUUGUACUCAUAAUAUUUUACGACAUUUUAGAUGUUUCACUUUGGAAGAAUGUGGACAACCACAGAAAGUUUUAAUGAUUUUUACAUUUUUAGUCAUAUUUCUCAAUCAUUUGAAAUGUCCCUGUCAAAAUAACAUAUUUAUGUCAUUAUAACACACAAUGUUGUUGUUCUUGAAAAUGUAUGCUCACAUAAUUAUAUAGUAUGUCUAAUUUGCAGACAUACAAAACGAUUUUUAUAUUCACAAUAUAAUUUUCAAUCACUCUCUGCAGCGCAGCUAGAACACUUGACAAAGUUUUCACUAUGCGAGCUGCAUACAUUGUAUCCACAGGAGUUGCACACAGAUUUAAUUUUUUUAUCUUUGGUUCUUGGACACAAGUGACAUCGUUUUCUCUUGUUACUUGUAGGAAUAUAUUCACUUGAUGUUUGCUUUUUGUAGCCAAGUGCAAGAAGGCCACUUUUCACACCCUUCUGAAUGCAUUUACCAUUCUGCAGCCUUUUUUCUAUGUAUGGAUGAACAAGCUGGCGUCCCAGUUGUAACAAAAAAUGACGCCUUUUGUGUUUUACAUUUCCAAAAUCUUCAGGGUUAUAAAAUACCCAAACGAUAAGUGAUGCAAUACCAGCAACAUCCAGGAGAUUAUAAAAUAACAAAAGUGGCCAGCGCCUUGUGUUACGUUUGCAACUAUAAGUAGCCACCAUUUUGUCCAGUGUAUCUACACCUCCUUUCUUUGAAUUGUAGUGCAUUAUUAUCUCCGGCUUCUGUUCAGUUCCUUGUACAGUUGUGGAAUGGUGCAUUGACGAAAUAAGUAUAACUGAACUGGAUUUUUUAGGCACAUAUGACACCAUAGUUAGAUUACCAGCAAAACCAAAUACAGAUGAAUGGAUUUCUCUACAUUUAUGAGGCAACAUUUCCUUAGGAAUUUCCACCUUAUUUUUACGCAGUGUCCCCACGAAUGUUGUGUUCUCUUUCAAUAACUGUUGAACCAAAGGAAUACUAGUAAAAAAAUUGUCAGCAACAAUGUUUCGUCCUUUGUUUUUCCAUUUUCUGACUAGUUCAUUGACAACCCUAGAGCCUUGGUUUUGGUCUCUCGUACCGUGUGUGGGCUUGCCCAGAUAUAUUUGGCCAUUUAGCGGAAAAGAUGUAUCAGAGUCACAUAACCACCAAAUUUUGACGCCAUAUUUUGCUGGUUUGCUCUUCAUGUACUGACGGAAAGGACAUUUUCCUCUAAACCCAACUAACUGUUCAUCAACUGUCAUGUCAAAACCAGGUACAUAUGACUCUGAAAGUUUCUGUACAAAUGUAUCCCAUAUUUCACGCAAAGCUGCAAGUUUAUCUUCCUGUUGGCGUGCCACACGUGUUGCCUUAUUAUCAAAACGAAUCAUCUUUGUUAUCUCUUUGAAUCUUUUCAAGGGCAUAGUAGCUCGGAAUAUUGGCCUGCCAUGUUCCUCAUUCCAUAGCUCACUGAGCUCUUCUCUGUUAGCACGAUACACACCAGCACACAACAAUAGUCCAAUGUAAGCCUCAAUUUCCAUUUCGUUUGUAUCUUUCCAUAUUUUAUGUUCAGUGUUCGCAUCUGAUAUAUUACAAUCAUUCAUAACUCGUUCCGCUUCUCUAUUAGUUUCCCUUACAAUAGUACUGACUAUUUCUGGUGUCACAAAUGUCCCAAAUGCUUCUUUUACUGAACCCGGGCGAUUACACUUCACUCCAGGUUUAUCACGAACUAUAUUGUGCUUCAACGUUUGCCUUUGUGUUGGUGGAUCCCUAAACCAUUUCAUUCCAUUUUUAGCUAUGUAAUACUGGCCAGACAAGUUACUUUCUAUUUCCGAGUCAUCAUCUGAUAUUUGUAAAGCAUCAUCUUGAUAAUCUUCAUCUUCAAGUGCAUCACUUUCAUUUUCAGUUGUUGGAUUACUGUCACUUGAACUUGAAAUAUUUUCACUGUCACUUAUCUCUUGCAACAUCUUUAGUAAUAUACUUCUUCCUUCUUCACUGGAGUGGCGUUUGCCUUCAAUUCUGAAAUAAACAAAAACAUUUACCCUUAUUUUCAAGGUGAGCGGAUGCCCACUGUAGAUAGUUACUGUGAACAAAAUACAGUAUCUUAGUUUUUGCAAGGAAGGAAUAAGUGGCAUUGUAUAAUAUACCAAAACAAGUUUCUUGUAUUUAUUACUAAUACUCGAAUGCAGGGAUGGACAUUUUUAUUGGUCUGUUUAUUGCUAUUUUUAUGCUGUACAAUAUAAGUGUAAUAUAUAUAUAUAUAUAUAUAUAUAUAUAUAUAUAUAUAUAUAUAUAUAUAUAUAUAAUAUAAAAUAAUUUAUUUAUAUUUUGAAUUUUUCCUAGAAACAGCAUUGGCGUUAUAAAAGAACAACAAAUUUAUGGGCAUGGAAUUGGAAAUAUGGACAUUGAGGAACUUCAACUAUUUUCUGGAAUGAUAGUUGCAAAAACCACUAUAAUGCACACGACCGAGAGCAAACACACAACCUCCAGAGUUUGCAUCAGAUAUUGUAAAUAGUGAAGUGUUUGAACGUUAUUAUUGUAAAAAAAUUACUGAACACAAUGUAGCUAGAGAAUACGAUUUUUUAUGAACUUCCCAUGCCUGUGAAAAUUAGUAGGCUAUACAAAAAAGGUAUGAAAUGUUUCAAACCGUAGAACAUCAAAAACGAUCCACCGCCCGAGAAAAGCAAAUGGCACUUGAAAAAAACAUUGUAGAGUGUAAAUGGACGCUUUCUCUAUGAGUCAAAACAAGCUCACUUUGUUACAUCUGCUUUGAACUUUUAUAGGGCACGACGACAAAGAUGCCCAAAGCGAACACAUCCUAUUGAUAAAAUGUAUUGAAAGCACUAGUAAACUUUUGCUCGUAAAAUAAAAAAUAUAUAAGCAGCCUAGGCCAUCAUUUUGAAUGAUAAAAUGCGCACUAAAAUUGUACUGCUACUUACAUAAUUUCUUCAUCCAUAUUUUAUGUUUUUCUAUAUUCUUCUUUUACGAUUCAUGUUUCGUGGAAUAUAUUGUUCCUAAAGAAUAUGCAAUUUUAUAAUCACGUCUCCACAACUUGUAAAAUAUAACGCUAAAUAAUGAUAGUUCAAAACUAGUAACACAAUCACUCCACGCAACAAAACUCAUGGGUACAAAUACAACUGCCGAGCAGUUGCGAUAGCUGAUGCGCCAAGAGGAUACCAUUAGCGCUAUCUGUUUACUCAUUUAGGAACUGCCAGUAGAGUUAUUUCUAGCUCCGUUGUCUCAAGCAAUAAUAUAAAGAUAAAUUUUUUGAAAAUUAAUUUUAUACAUUAGAUAUAAGUUAUCUUUGAGUGGGGGUACAAAAGACCCCAAGUGCACUGUGAAAGAGACUUAAAGUUAAAAUAUUUAUUACACAGAUAUUUUGAAACCAAACAUUUCCAGAAUUUGAACAAAGCACCUAAAACACAUUUUAAAGAAAUGUCCUAAAAUAACAUAAGUCACAGGCUAAACAUAUGAAUGCUACGAAGUGAAACAUUUUCGUGGGGUCCAGAAAGACCCCACGUGAUGUGUCGAAGGUUAACAGAAAUUCCGCCUAGUCAGAAAACAUAUUGAGAAUAUUUAUGUGUACAUAAUAGGUUCUGUAAGAAAUCAGUGACAAAUUGCAAUGUUUUACUUUGUUGAGUGAUUUGAUUGUAGUACUUUGUAGUAUAUGUGGCUCUAUUCCAUUUUUCAGUAUUAUGUUUUCAACAGCAGGUGUAUGUACUAGCCACAAUAUUCAUUCUCGAUGUUAGGACAAAUACAGCAUGGGAAGAGAAGGUUGGAUGUUUGGUGUAUCUUACUGUGCUACAUGUGCGUUUAUAGCCGGAGAUGUCCGAGACAUCUGUACCUGUCGACAUCCAACACUGUGGCUGUGUUAAACAUUGUAGAGUGGGAAUGUUAGUUUGUGUGUUGUGUGAAAUUUUUGUCUUCAAUUUCAUGUCAAAGUAAAAAAAAAAUGUGUUAAAAUAAAUGCUUUAUGGUCA